AUUUAAUUGCUGCCAUCACGCUCCUUUACCCUCUCUUCUUUUCUCCAGAUCCAAUUCACACUCUUUUGAGAACUUUUCGUAUUCUCUUUGCCGCCUUUACAGUCCCUUUCUUUACGCACCAUGAAAUUCUCUCAUGUCGCACCUGUGCUCGCCUUGAUGGCUGCACAGAGCGUCAACGCCCACACUCUGUUUGCUGAACUCUAUGUCAACGGCAAGGCUCAGGGCGAUGGCACUUGUAUUCGCAUGCCCUCUGACCCCAACACCGCCACAAACCCCAUCAAAGGCCUAGGCAGCAGCGAUAUGGCUUGCGGUGUUGAUGGUACCAAGGGCGUUGCUCGCGUCUGCUCAGUCGACAGCGGCUCCACUCUCAGCUUCGAGUUCCGUGACUGGCCUGACAACCCCUCGGUCGGCAGCAUCGACAUCUCCCACAAGGGACCCUGCGCUGUCUAUCUCAAGAAGGUCUCUUCUGCCAUCGAUGACGAGGGCACUGGUAACGGCUGGUUCAAGAUCUGGGACGAGGGUUACGACGAAUCUGCUGGCAAGUGGUGCACCGAGAAGCUGAUUGACAACAACGGUCACUUCAGCGUCAAGGUGCCCGAGCAACUCCAGGGUGGAAACUACCUCGUCCGUCCAGAGGUUCUGGCGCUCCACCAAGCCGACAAGGGUGAUCCUCAAUUCUAUGCUGGAUGUGCCCAGGUCUGGCUAAACUCUGCCGGGACUCAGCUUCCUCGGGACACUGUCUCCAUCCCUGGCUACGUCGACUACAACCAACCUGCCACCAGCUUCAACGUCUACGGCAAGAUGGCUCUUCCUUACCCUAUGCCUGGUCCUGCCGUUUGGACUCCUUCAUCUUCCGCCAGUGUUAGAAACCAAAAGUUGAGAGUCACUCAACAGAAGCAGACUGAAGGUCUCGCCCCCAGCGACUGCAUCAUCACGAACGCCAACUGGGCCGGUAUCGAGCUCGAGAAGUACAGUGAUGAGGAAGGCUGCUGGAACGCCAGUACUGCGUGCUGGGCUCAGGCCAAGGAAUGCUACGACACCGCACCUCCUACUGGCAACACAGGCUGUAAGAUCUGGGAAGGCAAGUGCCAGGACAUCAACGACCAAUGUAGCGCUGGAAACUUCAACGGCCCUCCCAACUACAUGAAGAACUUGAACCCGGCCGUCAAGCAGGUCAACCUUCCUGCUGCAGAGGCCGCUCAGGAGGGUGACGGCUCUUACUCGCCCGGUACCGCCAGCAACAAAGUCGCCACUACCCUCAAGACCGCUGCUAUCAUCCCGAAGGCCACCGCCGUCGUCGCUCCGUCGAAUGGGAACUCACUAACAGUCUCUACCGAAGGUGACUGCGGUAAUGGUGUCACAUGCAAGGGCUCGAGCUUCGGUGAUUGCUGUUCCAGCCAUGGUUGGUGUGGCUCCAGUGACGAGUACUGCAGUGCCGGCUGCAACAGUGCUUUCGGCACUUGCGGCAGUCAGCAAAAGAGAGCUGAGCACAACCACAUGCACAACCACAGACACAAGCGCACUACCAGAUGAAGGCCAUGAUGAUCGACGAACACAAAACAUCUGAGGGGAGCAUGGACGGGGAGUUGACUUUUCUGAUUCAUGGUUCAGGGGCAUGGAGGAUGGUGUUGCAAUGGAUGCUGGGCGUCCGUUUCCUCAUUCGGCUUUUUCUUCUUCUUUUUCCACUUCUUCUACUUCUUCACUUCUUGCAGGGAUGAUGUCUCAUCAUACUGUUUCUCUUUCUUGCCAUGCAGGAAAGUCUAGCUUCGAGCAACUUUUCAAAAUAAGACACGUUUGUUCUGUUACAUCUG